AUGGGCGCGCCCGAGCUGGAGUGGGAGCGGCUGCGCCGGCAGGCGCCCCUCCUGGAGGGCGCGAGCGCCGAGGGGGGGGGUCCGCAGCAGGCCCCGCCGCAGCCGGCCCCGCCGCAGCAGCCGCUGGAGCGGCAGGCCAGGCAGGAGGCCAGCGUCUGUCAGCUCGACGAGCCGCAGUUGCGGGAGCUGCUGCAGCUGGAGCUGGCGCAGCGGGCGCGGCUCCAGGAGCCGGAUGGCGUCGCGGAGCAGAGGCUGCUCUCGCAGGAGGCGGCGCAGCAGGCCCGCGCAGAGGAGCUGGCGCUCGAGCUGGAGCGCCGGUCGGCGAAGGACGCGGCGCAGCAUGCCCGCACCGAGGAGCUGGAGCGGGCACUGGAGCAGGCGCUGCGGAGGGAGGAGGCGCAGCAGGCCCGCGCUGCGCGGCUGGAGGACCGGCUGCACGAGAGCAGCGGGCCGCGGCUGCUGCGGUGCGAGGAGCAGCUGGCCGAGCUGGCGCAGGAGCUGGUGGACACGCGCGGGAUGCACCACUGGCAGCGGGCGCGGCACAGGGAGCACGUCGCGGAUCUGGAGCGCGAUCUCGCAGAGGGGGAAAAGUGGCACGCAGAACCUCUCUCGGAGCUCCGCGCGGAGGUCUCGCAUAGGCGGUGGUCCUCGGAGUCGGGUUGGUUGGCGUGGCCGGCUGGCGCGGCCAGCAGAGCGCCGGUGAAGGACGAGCGCCUGGCCUACUACCGCAUCCGGAGGGGUCUCAGGGUGAUCUCCCGCAUCCUGAGGGAAGAAGGCGCCGCGCGCGGCUUUGGAGGACAGUGGCUCGGUUAG